AUGGCAGAUGCAGUAAUGACUUUGCUUGUGGAGAGCUUGUGUCAACUAAUCACUGAAAAAGUGAAGCUGAUUGGAGGUGCAAAGGAUGAGUUGGAUAAUCUGCUGCAAGAAAUUAACACACUGAAAGCAUUCCUUCAGGAUAAUGAUCAACAAGAAAGCAACAGCAAUUUGUGGAAAACAUUUGUGAAGAAUAUCCGAACACAAGCGCAUAAAGCUGAUGACGUUAUUGACAAAUUUGUACUUGAGGCGAAGCUGCAUGAAGAAAAAAAUAUAUGGAAAAAAACUUUAUCUUUCGGCAGGCAUAUCAAAAGAGUUAAUAAUCUUGCAAAAGGUACCAAAGAUAUCUGUGAGAAGGUGAAGGCGAUUCGCCAAAAUAAUUCACAAGUUCUCCAGCCCAAGCCAAUGCUAAAUCUACCCAGAAGACUUGCAAGGGAGCCUCAGGAAACAUUCUUGGAGGUUAAUAAUAUCGUUGGGUUCACUACAGAAUCAAAUGAAGUGAUGGGGCGGCUUGUUGAAGAAACAGAGGAGGUAGAAUGCAUACCUAUUGUGGGUAUGACUGGACUUGGCAAAACCACACUGGCAAGAAAAGUAUGGAGUGAUUCUCAGAUUACAGCUAAAUUUUCCAAGAUCAUUUGGGUUUCUGUCGGACAGUCCAACGAACUAAAGAAUAGCUUUUUUGUGAUUCUCAAAUCAUCUACGGAACCCAAUCAAGAAUUACACUGUACUGGUGAGAAUGAGUUAGCUAAAGUAAUAGCUAAUUUUGUGACUGAACAAGACAGGUGUCUCAUUGUCUUGGACGGUGUGUGGGCGAGUGAACUUGUUGAUCGUUCUAAAAAUGUUCUCCCAGUAAACAAGAAAGGCCAUAGGAUCUUGAUAACCACUCGCCGCAGAGAUGUGGCAGCUAGCUGUGCAAGUAAAAAACCAUAUCAUCUCAAGUUUCUCAAUGGAGAAGAAAGUUUUCGGUUGCUGGAAAAGGGAGUUUUCAACAAUGAAAAGUGUCAAAAUGAUCGGUUAGUAGAGCUUGGAAAGAGUAUUGCAAGUAAAUGUGGUGGAUUACCACUUGCAUUAGUGGUAGUUGCUAAAGCUUUAAAAGGUAAUCAGACCGUAAAUGAUUGGGAAAGGAUCGAGAACAACUUUUGGCAGUAUGUUGUGAAAGAGAAUGAGACAACAAGCUGCUGGAAAAUUGUGGAAGCCAGUUAUGAAAGUUUGUCCUCUGAAAUGAAGGCGUGCUUCUUGUAUUGCCUAGCCUUUCCAAAAGGCUAUGAUAUCCCUUUUCAGACGUUGAUUCGAUUGUGGAUGGCGGAGGGGCUCAUAGAGUCAAGUCCAAUAAAUUUCUCUUCCUCUAAGGACAAAGCAGAGAAUUAUUUGAUGGAGUUUGAGAAUUUGGACCUUGUGAUAGUGUCGAGAGAGAUUACUGGUUCGAUAAAAAGGGUUAAAUGUAAUGAGAUAUUCUAUGAGUUCUACAAGAUGGAGGUGACUAAAGAAAGUGUUUUUCAAGAACUACGUCUCACACCUGAUUUUCCAUCGAUAAAUGAUCCAGAUACUUCUCGUCGAUUGCAUAUUGAAUCAUGUGAUCUGCCAGAUUUUAUCUCCAGAAUUUCCAGUGCAGAACAUGUUAGAUCUUUCUUAUGUUUUUCCUCGGAAGAUCUAGACCAACAAACCAACUUAUCCUCUCAUGUUGACAUUCAACUCAUCCGGAAAGCAUUUCCACUUCUCAGGGUUUUGAAAAUUGAAUCAAUCAACAUUCCCUCCUUGAAGAAUCUUAACCUACUAUUUCAUCUGAGGUACAUUUCUAUCUCAGGUAAUUUCAAGGAACUUCCUGCAUUCUUUAGUAAGUUUUGGAGUUUACAAUCUAUUAUAAUUAAUACAUCCCAGCCCACUCUCAACAUAAAAGCAAAUAUAUGGAACAUGUCAAAGUUGACGCAUUUGAAGACCAACAAACCUUCUAAAUUGCCUCUCCCUUCAACCCAAAAGGGAAAAGGUUCCUCCUCCCUGCUGCAAACUCUUUCUAAGAUUUCACCGGAAACUUGCAACAAAGAUGUGCUCGGACAGGCUUCGAACAGCCUCAAAAAAUUGAGUAUUCAAGGGAAACUAGAAGAAUGUAUUAAAACUAACAGCGACCGAUUCAGCACUUUUGAAGGGUUUCAAACUUUAGAAAAGUUUGAGUGCCUAGAAAAUUUGAAAAUGAUAAGUGAUGUUCCUUGCCAUACUAAUGCUUUUCAGUUUCCGAAAGCAUUAUUCAGAUUUCUACUCAAGCUUAAGAAGUUAACUUUGUCAAAGACAAUGUUUGAUUGGAAAGAUGCAACUAAACUAGGGCAACUGGAAUGCCUGGAGGUCCUCAAGUUGAAAACUGAUGCAUUCACAGGGAAGUCAUGGAAUCCGGAGAAAGGUGAUUUUCGAAAACUGCAGGUCUUGUGGAUUCAUAGCAAUGACCUCCAUACUUGGGAGGCUUCAGGAUCUCACUUCCCCAAACUUAGGGUACUUGUUCUUGAGUGUCCUAAGCUUGAGAGUGUGCCAGCUGAACUAUCUCAGUUUCAGCAGUAG